AAACUAUCCACUAUAAUAACAGACGUUACCACUUUUUGUUUGGAUAAUUCAUCGAUGGAUAGCACGAUUUAGCCACAUUGAGUCGCUGCGCACAAUAAGCGACUUUCGUCUGACGAAACUUUCCACUAGCGAUAUCUCCAUGGAGCAUGGUAAGCUCGACAGGUACACAGUCGGGCCACGGACAUGGGUCGUACACCUACAGCUCCUUUUCGAUUCGAGUCAUGGUGGAGAUCCCAAGGACACUAACCAGCAUCAGACACUCGAUAUGCGUGCAUAUAUAGGGUGUUCAAAAAUUUCAGCAUUUCUGAUAACAACUCUGACAGAAAAUAGAAGGAUAAUCUUUUCUUGGACAAAAAGGUAUUGCAGAAAUGAAAACACCAUGAACCACGAGGCCAGAGAUGGCCUGUCAACGGCAUCAUUGAGUAACGUCGUUUACACCUCGUGCAUAUUCGUCGUCUGGCUUACGUGCAUUCUGGAUAACGCACAAUAUACUCAGUGACUUGAUAAAAGAUCUAAAAUUCUAUAUAAAGAACAGAACAAAAUAUUCAUCAUAGAAUAAUUUAAGAUACAAAACUACUAAAAAAAAUCAAGAGUCAUCCUUCUACAAAAUGAAUCUUACGAUUGAAGAAGAGAAAAAUCUUAAUGCGAAAUUAAUGUCGGUUAUGAAUCUGUUUCGUGUAAGCCGACACCAUAUGUGAUCCGUUAUCUCGCAUAGCAUUCUCUAAUUUAUUACAUAAGCAAUCUCAUGCCUCUUGAAUCUCUAAGCCAAUUCAAGGAAAUCAUCGAUAUAUAGCGAAGCUCGAAUCGCCAAAACAAAGGGCCAUCUAUCUGUAAGUGACGACGAUGCAAUGAAACUUGUGGCUACAAUUAUAUUGAAGUAUAUCAGCACAAUAUAUUUUACU